AGUUCUUAACUGUGCUCGUGUGCUUCACAUUUAAGUCUGUUUUACAAGAUUAUAAUAGUAGCUACAUACAGAGCAAAACAAAUGGCAUUAUCAAAAGAUUUUGAGCAAAGGUAUAAAAAUGCCAUACAAAAAUCAUUGAAAGACACUGUGAUUGCUCUUAAUCGUCUUGCAUGUGCCAUUUUGGAGAAUGAAAAAAUGUGUAUACCUGUAGCAAUAGCUGAAGUCCGUAUUUUGAUAAAGGAUGCAGAGGCUAAAGCUUCUCAGGCUAAAGAACGUUCAAGAGAGUUUCUAACAGAAAUACAACAUACAAUUGGACAGCUAAUAUUAAGACAGAAGCAGACAUCCGAUGAGCUUAAAGAACUUCAAAGUAAGUUGAAAAAUCUAAACAUGAGUUUGAAGCCCAGCAAUGAAAAUAAAAAAAGAACUGAAGAUUCAUUACAAAGUGCAGAAAGGCAUCUGAAGAAAGCUGAGCAGACAUUGGCAUUUGCUAAAUCCAGUUAUGACCGUAACGAAAUAGUGAGAGAUGUUGGCAUUGGGAUGACAAUACUGCUUGCUGUGCCACUUUUUGGACUAAUACCUGGAAUAACAGGUGCAAUUAUGUGGGGAGCUGGCCAGAUAGCCUUGGAUGAUGCCAUAAUUGAGUUACAUGAAGCUCAGCAAACAGUGAAUGCCUGCCGUGAUAAAAUCAGAUGGUACAGAGAUGAAUCCUCACGUUUCAAAAAAGAAAUUGAGGAAACAAAUAAUCAUAUUAGUAGGCUUGAAAGACUACAACAGUUUAGUAAACAGGAUCUGAAUAACAUGAAAGAAAACCUAAGAAUAUUAGCUGACAUACAAGAAAAAUUUCAGCACUGUACACAUUUUCUUAAUGUACUAGUAGGAAGAGUUGAAAUUCUUAAUUUUACUUCAAAGAAUAUCAUUUGCUGGGAGGUAGUUAUCCAAAAUAUGGAAGAAAUAGCCAAACACUUGUUCCAGGUACAUGGAGACACGGCUUGCAAAAGGUACCAACUGCUUUACCAGCCAGAAAUCAUGAAUAUGAUUCAGGAAAAUAAAUCAACUAGUUCUAGAGUAAAAGCCAUCUUGAAAAAAAAUAAAUAUGCUAUUCAUGACUUUAUAUGAAACAAAUACUUAACUAGGAAAAGCAUAAAUUUGCCUGGCACCUAGGUGUGUCAUUUUUGUAACCUAUGCUUAACUUGUUCAGAUUUGACUAUUUUGAAGGUCAGUCCUAUUUGCAGUUGUUUUGCUGCCAUGGAAAAAUGCAUCUCCAAGGUGGUUUGCCAUACUCUAAAUUUGAAGACCAGGAUGAACAAUAUGUUAAAUACGAACACCAAAAGGAACAUCAAAGACCACCGUGGAAGCUACUGCAAAUUUUUUAAUAACUGGAUGAGCACUUUCAUUUUAGAAU